AUGUGGAAGUCUGUAGUAGGACAUGAUGUAUCUGUUUCCGUGGAGACCCAGGGUGAUGACUGGGACACAGACCCUGACUUUGUGAAUGAUAUCUCCGAGAAGGAACAACGGUGGGGAGCCAAGACCAUCGAGGGCUCUGGACGCACAGAGCAUAUCAACAUCCACCUGCUGAGGAACAAAGUAUCAGAGGAGCAUGAUAUUCUCAAGAAGAAAGAGAUGGAGUCAGGACCCAAAGCAUCUCAUGGCUAUGGAGGUCGGUUUGGAGUGGAAAAAGACCGAAUGGACAAGAGUGCCGUGGGCCAUGAGUAUGUUGCUGAGGUGGAGAAGCACUCUUCUCAGACUGAUGCUGCCAGAGGCUUUGGGGGCAAAUAUGGAGUUGAGAAGGACAGGGCAGACAAGUCAGCAGUUGGUUUUGAUUACAAAGGAGAAGUGGAGAAACACACAUCUCAGAAAGAUUAUUCUCGUGGCUUUGGUGGCCGUUAUGGCAUAGAGAAGGAUAAACGGGACAAGGCAGCUCUCGGAUAUGACUACAAGGGAGAGACAGAGAAACAUGAAUCCCAGAAAGAUUAUGCCAAGGGCUUUGGCGGGCAGUAUGGCAUCCAAAAGGACCGUGUGGAUAAGAGUGCUGUUGGCUUCAAUGAAAUGGAGGCCCCAACCACAGCUUACAAGAAGACGACACCCAUAGAGGCUGCUUCUAGUGGUGCCCGUGGGCUGAAGGCAAAAUUUGAGUCCAUGGCAGAGGAGAAGAGGAAGCAGGAGGAAGAGGAGAAGGCACAACAGAUGGCCAGACAGCAACAGGAGAGAAAGGCCUUGGUAAAGAUGAGCCAUGAGGCUCAACAACCAGUGGCCACUAGGGAAGAGCCGGCGGUGCCAGCCCCAUUGCCUAAGAAAAUCUCCUCAGAGGCCUGGCCUCCAGCAGGGAGUUAUCCAUCAUCAGAGCCUGAGCCUGUGAGAACCAAUAGGGAACAACCGGUACCUGCCCUGCCCCCAAGGCAGGAUCCUCCAGAGGACAAUGAGGAGGCCCCAGCUCUGCCCCCCAGGACUCCAGAAGUCUUCCAGCUGCAGGAAGAGCCAGUGUAUGAAGCAGCACCUGAGCCCGAGCCUGAGCCUGAACCUGAGCCUGAGAAUGACUACGAGGAUGUUGAGGAGAUAGACAGACAUGAGCAGGAUGAGGAAGCAGAGGCGGACUAUGAGGAUGUGCUUGAGCCUGAGGAUCCCUCUUUUUCCUCCACUUUGGCUGGAUCAUCAGGCCACCCAGCUGGGGCUGGAGCUGGGAUCUCAGCUGUAGCCCUGUAUGAUUACCAAGGAGAGGGAAGUGAUGAGAUUUCCUUUGACCCAGAUGAUGUCAUCACUGACAUUGAGAUGGUGGACGAGGGAUGGUGGCGGGGACGUUGCCAUGGCCACUUUGGACUCUUCCCUGCAAAUUAUGUCAAGCUCCUCCAGUAA